ACGGUCACAUUGUUCACCAUUCACGGUGAAUAAUGAAAACACGAAGCGCACAAUCCCCUUUCAAUCCCUAAUCCCUUUCUCUCCAUCCCCAAUCUCCAUUGCAUCCAUCACCGGCGAAAUUGGGGUAGAGGCUGGAGCUGCUGCCACCAGAAUCAGACCGGAACCAACUGCCGCCGAAAACAUCCAUUGCAGCACGCUGAAAGCAACUCCCUCAGCAUUCUGCUCAACACCGGCCUCCAUCCAAGCAGGUAAAAGAAGUGGACAUCAUCACUGCUUGCAUCAAUCAAGCACCUACCUAUUUCUUUUGAUUUGGCUGCCAUUGUGGAGUGCACUAAAAUGGAUCGAGGUGCACGCAUCUCUCUCAAGAGAUGGCAGCAAGCAGCUGUAGCUGUUGGUUCAGCCGUGGGUGCACUAUUGAACCCUAGAAGAGCAGACUUGAUUGCCAGCUUGGGGGAGACAACGGGAAAACCAGCUUUUGAGAAGAUUCUUGAACGUAUGAAAAGAAGCCCGGAGGGCAGGGAGGUACUUGCAGAUAGGCCUCGUGUUUUAUAUGAAAAUGUUGCUCAUGCAUGGGAUUUGCCUCCAAACACGUUUGGCGCAGCAUAUGCAAAUUUCAUGGGAAAAAGAAACUUCUCACCAGAUGACAGACCCCCUGUUCGGUUCAUGGAAACUGAGGAGCUAGCAUAUGUAGCUACACGUGCCCGUGAAGUUCAUGACUUCUGGCAUGUGUUAUUCAAACUUCACACAAACUUGAUUGGAGAGACUGCACUCAAGGUGGUGGAGUUUGAGCAGAUGUAUGUUCCCAUGUGUGCACUUUCUGUGAUUGGUGGGUCAAUGAGGUUCAGUGAAAAGCAACGCCAUCUUUUCUUCAGUCACUACCUAAGUUGGGCAUUACGUGCAGGAAUACACUGCACAGAUCUGAUGUGUAUAUACUACGAGAAGCAUUUUCACGAGGAUUUGGAAGGCGUAAGGAGGAAAUGGGGUAUCAUUCCUGCACCAGAUCCCAUACCUUAACAAUGCCUUUUUCAUAUUACCAAGCUGGGGUUAGGCAGACCCCAACCUGUUGAAGCAGAAGGCUGUACAGUCAAAAGAGAGUGAGGAACUCAUUCAUGUCAUUUGUCCUUCCAGCAACUACCCCUUCUGCAGCAAGUUUAAAUAAAAUGGAAGAUGUCAUUUUUUCUGGUCUUUUCUAACAUAGGAACAACUGUUUUGCAGAGAUUAGCAGCUUUGAAGCUGAUUUAUGAAUUUAUGUGUUAGUAAAAUUUUAUACUGUUCAAAAUAUUAUCACAUAAUCAUGUUUUUUUA